AUGAACUCUGUAAUUCACUCCGGCACAAUUGCCGCUAUCCGUAAAGCUUCUCGCUUUCUCUUCACCUCGAGGAAGUUCUGCGAUGGCAGAAUCGGAGGUGGUGUUGAAUCCGAUGAUGGUAUCGAAGAGCCCUUGAAGAUAACAUGGGAAUCUUCGGAGAUGGAUUGUGGGUUUGCUGAGGAAUACGAAGAGAGCUCCGGUGGUGAUAAAUUCUCUGUUCGGAGGAGGUUUCUGGAGAGUGAUAAGCUCAAUGCGUCCCUGGUUCUCGAUACGUUACAGCAAGAUUGUCCCGGUUUCAAUACGAAAUCAGCUUUAGACGAGUUAAACGUUAAAAUCUCAGGACUUUUAGUGAGAGAGGUUCUCGUUGGGAUCUUGAGGACUCUGAGCUAUGAUAACAAGACGAGAUGUGCGAAGCUAGCUCACAAGUUCUUCGUAUGGUGUGGCGGACAAGACUGUUUCAGACACACAGCGGAUUGUUAUCAUUUGCUUAUGAAGAUAUUUGCAGAAUGCGGUGAGUAUAAAGCAAUGUGUAGGCUAAUCGACGAGAUGAUCAAAGACGGUUAUCUGACGACGGCACGGACGUUUAAUCUGUUGAUAUGCACUUGCGGUGAAGCUGGCCUUGCGAGAGAAGUCGUUGAGCAGUUCGUCAAGUCGAAAACUUUCAGUUACCGACCUUUUAAACACUCGUACAACGCGAUUCUGCAUUGUUUGCUGGGAGUGAAGCAGUACAAGCUGAUUGAUUGGGUUUACGAGCAGAUGCUGGAAGACGGGUUUACACCAGAUGUUUUGACUUACAACAUUGUCAUGUUUGCAAGCUUUAGGUUAGGGAAAACGGAUAAGCUUUACAGAUUGCUCGAUGAGAUGGUUAAGGACGGGUUUUCGCCGGAUUUCUACACAUACAACAUCCUCCUCCACCAUUUAGCUACAGGGAACAAGCCUCUCGCUGCUCUUAACCUUUUGAAUCAUAUGAGGGAAGUAGGAGUAGAGCCUGGUGUUAUCCAUUUCACUACUCUGAUAGACGGGCUGAGCCGAGCUGGAAAGUUAGAAGCUUCCGAAUACUUUAUGGAGGAAAUGUUGAAAGUUGGAUGCACACCGGAUGUGGUGUGUUACACUGUUAUGAUUACUGGAUAUGUAUCAGGUGGAGAGCUAGAGAAAGCAGAGGGCAUGUUUAGAGAGAUGACGGAAAAGGGGCAGCUCCCGAAUGUCUUCACGUACAACUCGAUGAUCCGAGGGUUUUGUAUGGCCGGGAAAUUCAAAGAGGCGUGCUCGUUGCUCAAGGAAAUGGAGUCUAGAGGGUGUAAUCCUAACUUGGUGGUGUAUAGUACACUGGUGAACAAUCUUAGAAACGCAGGGAAGCUUUUAGAGGCUCACGAGGUUGUCAAGGACAUGGUGGAGAAAGGGCAUUAUGUUCAUCUGAUUUCAAGGUUGAAAAAAUAUAGAAGAUCUUAG